AUGGCUGCAUACCUCCUUGUUUCUGCCCUUACUCUCUCACUGGCAGCUGCUUCACCAGCUGGUUGGGACGAAUGGACAACACCAAGCACGACGACGACAACCUCUGCGAUACCAACCACCUCAGCUAAGACCGACCCUUCAUGGGGAGACUGGACUGAUUCUACCAGAAAGACCACAUCCACGAUCACUACUACCACUGCUUCUACCACCACCACCACUUCAUUGAGCAAGACUUCUACGCACUCUACGUUGGUCGGGCAGUGGGCAGACUGGCUCCCUCAUGAAGAUGGCUCUUCCUCAAGCCACUCCGGAAGCAAUACGGGAUCAGAUGGUUGGGGCGAUUGGGCUAGCAGCGGGCCCUCAGGCUCAGGCGGUUCCUCUCCUGGCAGCUCAUCCUCGGGAGGUUCUUCUGGUAGCUCGUCGGGUGGCUCAACAAGCGGAGGCUCCUCGUUUGGCGGUUCCUCGUAUGGUGGAAGCUCCUCCUCUGGAGGUUGGUCGUCUUCCUCUGGAAACUCUGGCGGCAGUCCAGCAAUCGUUUCGGCUGCGGCCCCGAUCCACACCCUGACCCCUGGCUUCCUACCCUCGCACAACGACCAAGAUCUCUCGCACUUGAAGCCAGGCAGCGCAAAGAAUUUAUUCUUUGCCCAAGGAGCUCCCAACUCCGGCAUCUCGUCCGGUUCUCUCUACGUCUCGGCUGGGACUACUUUCCAGUAUCCCACCGUCGUGCUUGAUCAUUCGGCCUUUGUGACAGCCACCUUGUCUGGUUCGUCAUUGACCGUCGUCUUUUCCUCUCAACAAGCCUACAACUACGCAACUAACUCGUGGCCUGCUGACGGCACUUGGUUUGUCCUGGCUACGACCGAGGGUUCUGAUGACGGCCACUAUGUGUAUUAUCUGACUUCGUCGGUGAGCUUUGACUCUGCUACAUCUACUGCCGCUUGUAACGUGAAGGCCGUGGAUCUCGACUAUGUUGCUGAGAGUUUCGACCUUGAAUGGGGCACAUAUCAACAAUCAUCCUCGACUAGAGCGGCUGGAAGUGUGUCAACCACAGUGUCCUAUGCAGGUUCUGGUGGAGGCUACUCAACAACCAGCAAGGGAUACCCCGGUUCUGGUGCAACUUCAACUACAAGCGCUGCGGCAACAUCCCUGCCCACAGGUACCGACGACAGCGAUACAUUCGAUCAACAGCUUGAUGAUGCCCUGGGAUACAUCAUGUGGGAGCAAGCGGACUUCCAGCAAGACCUGACUGACUUUGCCGGCGGUCUCGACGACUAUAACUGGGCUGAUUAUGACGAUGAUGACGACUACGAUGACGACGACGAUGGCAUUUUCAGUGACGACGGCGAUGAUGACAACAGCGACUCCGACGUCGAUAUCGACACGGACGACGGCGGUUAUUUUGACCAAGACUCCAAGAAGAGGUCCCUUAGAAAACGCGCCACCACCACUACUCCUAGGAGUCGAAGUAACGCUGUCGUCUCAGAUAUCCGCAAGAAGGGCGCGGCUGCAUCAAAAGAUAAAGGGACCCAGAAGAAGCCGUCUCUAAAGGACAAAAUCGUCGGCUUUGCCAAAAAGGUAGUCUCCAAGGCGUCUGACAUCAAAUCAUGGGUCGAUGGCAGCCCUCACGAAUACCAAUUGAACAAGACCUUCACCAUCCCCAACGCUACUCAAGUAAAAUACGUCCAGCAAGACUUCUUCAAGGAUGCCAACGAAAAACCACUCAAUGCUAUCAAGAUCUGGGAGAACAACAACUUCCAUGUCUACUGUGUCUCCUGUGGUGUCACGGGAACUUUGAAGGUGGCUGGUCGCGCGGCCUUCCACAUCACCAAGGGCCUGACCAUGGGCCAACUUGAGAUGUUAGGAAGCCUCCAGGCAGGCGUUAACUUGGGCGUGGCGGCCGAGGUCAGCUACGCUGACAAGAAGAGCGUGCGACUUUUCACUCAAGGUAUCCCGGGUCUGUCAGUUCCUAACAUCAUCACCAUUGGACCAUACAUCACCCUCGAUGCUGAAGCGGGUUUCACCUUCAAUGCUACGGGCCAAAUCCUCGUGGGAGGCACAGUCAAAGUUGCCAAUGCCCGUGCCGUCAUAGAUCUGGUAAACUCAGGCAACUCACAGACCCCGACCUGGCAACCACAAUUCGAGCCGACCUUCCAAGCCAAGGGCGAGAUCAUCGUGGACACGUACGUCGCGCUUCCAAUCGGUCUGGCCUUUGGUCUGGAUAUCGCCAACUCCAAGUUCACUGCCGAAGUGGCCGUCACCAGUGUCCCCUCACUGCACGCCGGUGCGACGUUCCAAGCCGAAGUUAGUCUCUCGAAUGGUACGCUUUCUGGUGGCGUCAACUCCACCGCCAAUGGAGCCACCAACGGCGCUUCGACUAACAAGACCUGCAAUGGCAUCAAUUUUUACAUCAACCUGCAACACGACCUCAAGGCAAACGCGGUGGCUAAACUCUUCGGCAAGGAGAAGUACAAGACCAAGGACAAAGCGCUGCUCGACCCGUACAAGCUCAACUUGGCUACCAAAUGCUUGACUCUAUCGGGAUUCACGAAGCGUCAAUCUGACAAUACAACUGUUACCGAUGGCACCUACGACUACGACAGCGAUUCGCUGCUGACGCUAUCCCAGUACGCAGACGGCACCGGUCCGUUCCCAGACAUCGAUGUUGACGUCGACGGCGACGGCGACGGCGUGGACGACGAAGACGAAUACGACUUCCCCUCCGUGGUGUCGGCUUACUUGAAUGACACAUCGUCCAACUUCACGACACCGCUAGACCUCAAUGAUUCAGACCAAUCCGGCCCGGAAUACAACUACACCAUCAUCUCCGAUACGGAACUUCAAUACAACAUUGCGGCUGACGAAGACGGGAACGUUCGCAUCCAGGACAUCGACUCUGAGACCUUUGGCAGUGCUUUGUUCCAGGUCUUUGACGAAGUUGUUGUCGGCGAUAGUGAGGGUCGCACCCUAUUUUACUACUCGACUGAGAUGACCAACUACGGUGUCUCGCGCCUCCGCCUGGGUGACUCCGAACACAUUCCCAUCUCCUCAGAGAUUGUUGGAUUGGUGCCUUUCCUCGUCGACGACGGCACCAACGACGGGGCACUCGACAGCGUUUUCGUCGCCAUGGACACCCAAGGCAACGAGUACUGGACCGUUUUGUGCAACUACGCGGAUGGUACUACCCCGAGUAAAGUCUUCCUUGUCCAGGACUUCGAUGCGGGACUGGACACGUUGGGUAACGCGACUCUCGAGUCGUCUAUUACCGGAGGCGCGAUCAGCGACUGUGUGGAUCUUCCUUUGACGAACGGCUUGGCCGGCCUCUAG